AUGGUAACUGCACCGACAUCCGAAUCAAUCACCCUUGGGCCACAUAAACAAAACGAUGCCCCAGAGACCACCCUCCAGAGCACUGAGUCCAGCCUGCCAGAGCCAACAUGGAAAGAAAUCACAGUGGAUUUCAUGAAGAGGACGAAGAUCCACGGUUUGAAGUUUGUCUUCUCGCCAGACAAGACCAAACCACAACGAGCCAUCUGGGUCCUUGCCUUCUUCAUGUGUGUCAGUCUGCUGAUCGUAUGGUCCUCGAACCGUGUCCUCUACCUGCUGUCCUACCCUGCCGUCACCAAAAUCUAUAUGGUCUGGGCUCAUAACAUGUCGUUCCCAGCUGUUACUUUCUGCAACAAGAACCUGUUCCGUGUUUCCACCCUGACCAAGGAUGACCUGUAUCACAGUGGCUACUGGAUGGACCUGAUGUAUCCCAACCACACCGUGAUGGAGCGGAGCCUGGCCAUCCUGAAGGACAGCCACAAGCAGGGGCUCCUCAAUCUGCUGGACUUCAACAACUACACCCCGCCCCCAAAUUACCGCGUCAACACCACGGAGAUGAUGGGCCGGCUGGGUCACCAGCUGGAGGACAUGCUGCUGGAGUGCAGGUUCCGCGGGGAAAACUGCACCCACAAAAACUUCAGCACAAUUUACACUCGCUAUGGAAAAUGCUACACCUUCAACUCGGGACUGGACGGCAACCCGUUGCUAACCACAUUAAAAGGUGGCACAGGGAACGGCCUGGAGAUCAUGCUGGAUAUUCAGCAGGAUGAAUACCUGCCUGUGUGGGGAGAGACAGAUGAGACCUCCUAUGAAGCAGGCAUCAAGGUUCAGAUCCACAGCCAGGACGAGCCGCCCUUCAUUGACCAACUGGGAUUUGGUGUGGCCCCUGGUUUUCAAACUUUUGUGUCAUGUCAGCAGCAACUGCUUCAGUACCUCCCUCCGCCUUGGGGAGACUGCAAGUCUACUCCCAUAGACUCUGAAUUCUUCUCCACAUACAGCAUCACAGCCUGCCGCAUUGACUGUGAAACCCGUUACCUGGUAGAGAACUGCAACUGCAGGAUGGUUCACAUGCCAGGGACUUCAACAGUUUGCACACCUGAGCAGUACAAAGACUGUGCUGACCCAGCUUUAGACUUUUUGGUAGAGAAAGACAACGAUUACUGUGUCUGUGAGACCCCCUGCAACAUGACCCGCUAUGGCAAGGAGCUGUCCAUGGUUAAGAUCCCCAGUAAGGCAUCUGCUAAAUAUCUGGCUAAGAAAUUCAACAAAACUGAGCAAUAUAUCGGAGAAAAUAUAUUGGUCUUGGACAUCUUCUUUGAAGCUCUGAAUUAUGAAAAGAUUGAGCAGAAGAAGGCGUACGAAAUAGCCGGGCUUCUCGGUGACAUCGGAGGCCAGAUGGGGCUGUUUAUUGGAGCCAGUGUUCUAACAAUACUGGAAAUAUUCGACUACCUAUAUGAGGUGUUUAAGGAUAAGGUUUUGGGUUACUUCAUACGCAAGAAACGGCCACGGCGUUGUCAGAGCGACAAUCUGGAGUUUCCAGAGAACCCAACCAGCCCUGGUGUCACGCCUAAUCAUGCCCCCAGAGCACAUGUGACACCCUCCGGAGUCACUCGGACAGUCUCGGAUUCACGCCGAACAUGUUACCUCGUCACCCGACUAUAGGCAACUUUGAGGAAUUUGCUUGUUGACAACAUAAAGUAGGG